AUGGUAAAAAAUUCAUUCAGCUCAGUUAUUUCGCAAGAAGAAAAAAAAGAAAAUGGAGGAUCUGUUGAAUUUCAAGUAGUCAGUUUCACCAAUAAGAUACGAAGACUUACUUCACAUUUGGAAUUGCACAAAAAAGACUAUUUAUCUCAAAGAGGUCUACGUAAAAUUCUCGGAAAACGCCAACGAUUACUUUCUUAUUUAUCAAAGAAAAAUAAAAUGCGUUAUAAAGAAUUAAUUAAUCAAUUGGAUAUUCGGGAGUCAAAAACUCAGUAA